GAAGCCGAGCGCCUGAAACGGCUGUACCCGGAAAACGAGCGCCUUAUUGCCAACAUUCCCAGCCGGUUCUUCGAAGUGAUCUACCCCGUUCAGGUCCGAGAACACCUCAAGUUUGGCAUUUCCACCCGAGAUGCCAGUGCCAAUCGGACGGGCAAACACUUCCAUAAGACAUCUUUGCUCAUCAAAGCCUUUAAUCAUAAGUUCCAACUGGAACUCGAGCUCAAUACACAUCUUUUAGCGCCAAAUCUAAUUCAGAAGCAUUUCUUGCCCGAAGGGGCGCAGCAAAUAUCAACUCAGAUUGAG